UCGAGAGCGGGUUGCCAGGGCCCGAAGAGGGCUGGCUGCAGCGGCCUAGCUCGGCUGUCAGUUCCUUGCUGGAGAAUUUGUCCACAAAGAGUUGCCAAGAUAGCUGGGCCAGGAAGAAAGCGCCGUAGCCCUGACCCAGACACCGUUGCCGACCCCGGGGCACUCUGGCUGUCACCCAAGCGGCUCAAGAUGUCUGGUGGGGCCAGCACCACAGGCCCAAGGAGAGGGCCCCCAGGACUGGAGGAGGCCACCAGUAAGAAGAAGCAGAAGGAUCGAGCAAACCAGGAGAACAAGGAUGGAGAUCCUAGGAGAGGUGGUAGGUCAGUAUUCACUCAGGAGGAGCCGACCAAAGAGGAAUUUCAUGGAGACCUUCACAAUCUUUUUGACACUGUCUCUGUAGAGUUGUUGCUUGAUUGGAGGCAGAGUGCUGAUGAGGUGUUUGUCAAGCUGCGUGUGGGAGCCCGUCCCCUGCGGCUGGAGGAGGUAGAUGCUGCUUUCACAGACACAGACUGUGUGGUGCGGCUUCCAGGUGGUCGGCAGUGGGGUGGUGUUUUCUAUGCUGAGAUAGAAAGCUCUUGCACCAAAGUGCAGGCUCGCAAAGGUGGCCUCCUGCAGCUGUCACUGCCCAAGAAGGUGCCUCUGCUCACGUGGCCCUCUCUCCUGAAGAAACCUCUUGGGACCCAGGAGUUGGCGCCAGGGCUGCGGUGCCAGGAGAAUGGGCAGGAGCCGUCUCCUGUUGCCCUGGAGCCAGGCCCUGAGCCCCGCCGGGCUAAGCAGGAGGCCCGGAACCAGAAGCGGGCCCAGGGCCGUGGUGAGGUAGGCGCAGGGGCUGGCCCUGGGGCCCAAGCAGGGCCCAGUGCCAAGAGGGCCGUGCAUCUCCACAGAGGGCCGGAGGGGGAAGGGUCCAGAGAUGGCCCUGGACCCCGGGGUGAUGCCCCCCAAUUCCUGGCUGAGCCGGCCACCCAGGCUGAGGCUGAGGAACAGCUCCGUGUACCACCACUGAACCCCCAGACCUGCCUCCUGGGCUCAGAGGAGAAUCUAGCACUUUUGACAGGAAAGAAGGCAGUAGUCCCCAGGAAUGACCCAGUGUCCCCAGUCAUGGCCCGGAGCAGAGACUCUGAGAAAGAUGAUCGUUCCAAAGAGGAGAAGGCAUUGGCAUUAGAUGCUGCAGCCUUGGUGGAUGAGCCCAAGUCCAUGGUGAACCUGGCAUUUGUCAAGAAUGACUCAUAUGAGAAGGGGCCGGACUCAGUGGUGGUGCACGUGUACGUGAAGGAAAUCUGCAGGGACACAUCUCGAGUGCUUUUCCGCGAGCAGGACUUCACGCUUAUCUUCCAGACCAGGGACAGAAACUUCCUGAGACUGCACCCGGGCUGUGGGCCCCACACCAUCUUCCGUUGGCAGGUGAAGCUCAGGAACCUGAUCGAGCCAGAGCAGUGCACCUUCUGCUUCACGGCCUCUCGCAUCGACAUCUGCCUCCGCAAGCGGCAGAGUCAGCGCUGGGGGGGCCUGGAGGCCCCAGCUGCACGAGGUGCAGUGGGUGGUGCAAAGGUAGCCGUGCCGACAGGUCCAACCCCUCUGGAUUCAACCCCGCCGGGAGGUACCUCCCACCCCCUGACAGGCCAGGAGGAAGCCCGAGCUGUGGAGAAGGAGAAACCCAAGGCUCGAUCUGAGGACACAGGCCUAGAUGGUGUGGCAGCCCGCACCCCCAUGGAGCAUGUAGCCCCAAAGCCAGAGCCACACCUGGCAUCGCCCAAGCCCACAUGUAUGGUGCCUCCAAUGCCCCAUAGCCCGGUGAGUGGAGAUAGCGUGGAGGAAGAGGAGGAGGAAGAGAAGAAGGUGUGUCUGCCGGGCUUCACUGGCCUUGUCAAUCUAGGCAACACCUGUUUCAUGAACAGCGUCAUCCAGUCUCUGUCCAAUACUCGGGAGCUGCGGGACUUCUUCCACGACCGCUCCUUUGAGGCCGAGAUCAACUACAACAACCCACUGGGGACUGGUGGGCGUCUGGCCAUCGGCUUUGCUGUGCUGCUCCGGGCGCUGUGGAAGGGAACCCACCAUGCCUUCCAGCCCUCCAAGUUGAAGGCCAUUGUGGCGAGCAAGGCCAGCCAGUUCACGGGCUAUGCACAGCAUGAUGCCCAGGAGUUCAUGGCUUUCCUGCUGGAUGGGCUGCACGAGGACUUGAACCGUAUUCAGAAUAAGCCGUACACGGAGACCGUGGACUCAGAUGGGCGACCUGAUGAGGUGGUAGCUGAGGAAGCCUGGCAGCGGCACAAGAUGAGGAAUGACUCUUUCAUCGUAGACCUAUUUCAGGGACAGUACAAGUCGAAGCUGGUGUGCCCCGUGUGUGCAAAGGUCUCCAUCACUUUUGACCCGUUCCUGUACCUGCCGGUGCCCUUGCCACAGAAGCAAAAGGUUCUCCCCAUCUUCUAUUUUGCCCGGGAGCCCCACAGCAAACCCGUCAAGUUUCUGGUGAGCAUCAGCAAGGAGAACUCCAGUGCAAGUGAAGUGUUGGACUCCCUGUCUCAGAGUGUCCACGUGAAGCCUGAGAACCUGCGUCUGGCUGAGGUGAUUAAGAAUCGCUUCCACCGUGUGUUUUUGCCCUCCCACUCACUGGACACUGUGUCACCUUCCGACACACUCCUCUGCUUCGAGCUCCUACCCCCAGAGUUGGCUAAGGAGCGGGUGGUGGUGCUAGAGGUGCAGCAGCGCCCCCAGGUGCCCAGCAUCCCCAUCUCCAAGUGUGCAGCCUGCCAGCGGAAGCAGCAGUCAGAGGAUGAGAAGCUGAAGCGCUGUACCCGUUGCUACCGUGUGGGCUACUGCAACCAGCUCUGUCAGAAAACCCACUGGCCUGACCAUAAGGGCCUCUGCCGCCCUGAGAACAUUGGCUACCCCUUCCUGGUCAGUGUACCUGCCUCACGCCUCACUUAUGCCCGUCUUGCUCAGCUGCUAGAGGGAUAUGCCCGGUACUCUGUGAGUGUGUUCCAGCCACCCUUCCAGCCUGGCCGCAUGGCCUUGGAGUCCCAGGGCCCUGGCUGCAACACACUGCUGUCCACUAGCUCCCUGGAGGCUGGGGACAAUGACAGGGACCCUGUUCAGCCACCGGAGCUCCAGAUGGUGACCCCUGUGGCUGAGGGGGACACAGGGGUCCCCCGGGCCUGGGCAUCCCCUGAUCGGGGCCCUGUGCCCAGCACCAGUGGAGUUGCUUCUGAGAUGCUGGCCAGUGGGCCCAUUGAAGUUGGCUCCUUGCCUCCUGGUGAGAGGGUGUCCCGGCCUGAAGCUGCUGUGCCCGGGUACCAACACCCAAGUGAAGCCAUGAAUUCCCACACACCCCAGUUCUUUAUCUAUAGAAUUGAUGCAUCCAGCCGAGAGCAGCGGCUAGAGGACAAAGGAGACACCCCACUAGAGCUGGGUGAUGACUGCAGCCUGGCUCUAGUCUGGCGGAACAAUGAGCGCCUGCAGGAGUUUGUGUUGGUAGCCUCCAAGGAGCUGGAAUGUGCUGAGGAUCCAGGCUCUGCUGGUGAGGCUGCCCGUGCUGGCCACUUCACUCUGGACCAGUGUCUGAACCUCUUUACGCGGCCUGAGGUGCUGGCACCUGAGGAGGCUUGGUACUGCCCGCAGUGCAAACAACACCGCGAGGCCUCCAAGCAGCUGUUGUUGUGGCGCCUGCCGAAUGUGCUUAUCGUGCAGCUCAAGCGCUUCUCCUUUCGCAGUUUCAUCUGGCGUGACAAGAUCAAUGACUUGGUGGAGUUCCCUGUUCGGAACCUGGACCUGAGCAAGUUCUGUAUCGGUCAGAAAGAGGAGCAGCUGCCCAGCUAUGACCUGUACGCUGUCAUUAACCACUAUGGAGGCAUGAUCGGUGGCCACUACACUGCCUGUGCGCGCCUGCCCAAUGAUCGCAGCAGCCAGCGCAGCGACGUGGGCUGGCGCUUGUUUGAUGACAGCACGGUGACAACGGUAGACGAGAGCCAGGUCGUGACGCGUUAUGCCUAUGUACUCUUCUACCGCCGGCGGAACUCUCCUGUGGAGAGGCCCCCCCGGACAGGUCACUCUGAACACCACCCAGACCUAGGCCCUGCAGCUGAGUCUGCUGCCAGCCAGGGACUAGGCCCUGGCCAGGCCCCCGACGUGGCCCCCACGCGGACAGCCCCUGAACGCUUCGCCCCCCCUGUGGACCGCCCAGCCCCCACCUACAGCAACAUGGAGGAGGUCGAUUAG